AUGGCUGUACCUUCACUCGGUGGACGUGCGCCAGUGGAGAUGUUCACCGGUUUACCGUGCCCAUCACCGCUUGAGGCGAUAUUCGUGGACACUGACCAAGGUCCAAAGAAUAUUCCGGUAGUGAAAUCGAGUGCUACGUGUGAACAGCAAUUAUUAGAGCUCAAAGAGAGUGUUCAGGAGAUGCACCGACAAAUGAAGGAUCAGCGUGCGAAGCAGACACUGUUGAACCAAAAACAAAGGCGUGGUGAACAGCUGGUGAAUUUCUCCGUGGGAGAUUACGUGUUGAAGUCCCGUGUUGAUGAGAAGGUUGGCAAUAAGUUGCUGGUCACAUGGAUUGGACCGUUCGUCAUCACACGCGCUGACUCACAUUCGUUUCGCGUGAGAAACCUCAUCAGUGGGAAAGAGAGCGACGUACACGCAUCGAGACUCAAGUUCUAUGCGGAUAAAAGUUUGAACGUCAACGAAGAACUGUUGGAGCACGUAGCCUCACAGGGCAUCGUACUCAAAGUGGACGGGAUCCGUGAUCAUCGUUGGAACGACCGGAUCAAAGACUACGAGCUGCUGAUGCAUUGGCAUGGUUUGGGGGCUAUUGAAGAUUCGUGGGAACCUAUGAAGUCUGUGCGCAAGGACGUGAGGCUCAUGGUGGAGAAUUAUGCAAAGCAGACCAGUGAUAACGAUUUCACGGCAGCAGUAGUAUCGGUGUAG